AUGAGUCCACCACUUCCCGACCUGACUCAUGAUGACUACACCAUCGCAUGCAUCUGCCCCAUGGGCGUUGAGCUUGCAGCUGUCGAAGGAAUGAUGGAUGAGCAGCAUCCGAAUAUUCCAUCCAGCAUUGAUAAGAACACCUAUACAUUCGGACGCAUGGGAGUACAUAAUAUAGUAGUGGCAGUAAUGCCAGAAGCAGGCAAUGAUCGUGCCGCAGCGGUGGCAACGCAACUAUCAAACGAUUUCCGAUCAAUUAAGUUCUGCCUCUUAAUUGGAAUUGGUGGUGGCAUCCCGGACCUUGCGAGAGACAUUGACAUCCGACUCGGGGAUGUGGUAGUCAGCUGGCCAUCAAAUAGGUUCGGAGGCGUGGUACAAUUCGAUCGCGGGAAGGACCAUUCUUAUAACCAGUUCGAGCGCACAGGAAUGCUACAGAAGCCCCCAGAUAUCCUCCUGUCUACCGUGCAGAGACUGGAAGCCCUCCAUGCCCGGGUAGACAGUCGAAUUCCUGUCUUCUUGGAAGAAAUGCUUGCGAGAUUCCCGAAGAUGAGGAAGCGAAACUAUGUUUAUCAGGGAGCCACGAAGGACCAACUGUUCUGGAUGGAGUACGAACAUAUUGGGGGCACUGACUGUGGAAAUUGUGAUUCAAGCCAAACCGUCGAACGCGAAGUUCGAGAUGAUUCAACUCCUAUGAUUCACUACGGAACGAUCGGAUCAUCAAAUGUUGUCAUACGGGACAGCGUGAAGAGGGAGAUCUUGAAGGCUGACUUGGGCAUUCUCUGUGUUGAGAUGGAAGCAGCGAGCUUCAUUAACAAUUUCUCUUGUUUGGUUAUUCGUGGCAUCUGUGAUUAUGCGGAUUCACACAAAAACAAGGCAUGGCAGCCUUAUGCUGCCGCUACGGCUGCUGGGUAUGUGAAGGAGUUGCUUUCUCUGAUCCCUUCUCUGUGA